AUGGCGCUGCAGAAGCAUCUGGAGGCUCUUAGCGUCUUCCAGUGGGUCCUCACCUACCUCUUCUUUGGUAAGUUGGGAGCUGGGGUGGGUGGGAAGGAGGGGCAGGGGGUGCUCAGGGAAGAGGGGCAGCUUGGCCUCCUCCCAUAGCUGUCAACUUUUCCCUUUUCUUGCGAGGAAUCCUAUUCGGAAUAAGGGAAUUUCCCUUUAAAAAAGGAAAAUGUUGACAGCUAUGCCUCCUCCUCUUCCUGGGGCCAUGGGCUUCAGGAGGUCCUCUGGCAGGCCAGGCCCCCCUCCCCCAAAAGCCAAACCCCCUCUUUUCAAAGUAGCUUUGGGCCAGGUGUGUCUGGACUAGGGAGUCAGCACCGUAGGGAGUUGGGCUAGAUGACCCUGGGGUGCCCCUUCCAACUCUACAAUUCUGUGAUCAACAUCCCUGACCCCUGGCCAUGCGGCAGCCUCUGAAGGUGGGCGGCUCGCCCCCCCCCCCCCAGCCAUUGCCUAAAAUGUCCUUCUGGAUUUAGGGGGGCUUCAGAUCACACCCUCGGGGGUCCCGUGAAAUUGGGGUUGUGGUCCCAGGCAGGGCCUCUAAAUCCCAGUGAGGGGGGAGCGCUGCUUGUGGGUAGAGUUGGAAGAUAUAUUGAUAUAUCAUCCAAAACUGGUUUGAAGUCCACAUUGUGAUAUUGGUUUCAAUUUUUGUUGUUGUUUUAAAAAAUAAAUUUAUUUAUUUGGUUUUUCAAAUUAGAAUUUUGCAAUCACAUAUCCAGCAUAAAACAUAAAAACAAGAUUCCACAGAAUCUCCUGGACUUUGUGGGUCCUACUGUUAAUCAUUUUCUCUUGCAUCUCUUAUACGAAUCCAAAUCUUUUACAUCUCCAUAAUAUCCAAAAUUCACCAUUAAACUACAAAUGUUAUUCCAAUCCUACUAACAAUUUUAACUGUUUACAAUGGUUUUUAAGGUAAGUUAUAAAUUUCCCCAUUCCUUAUAAAAAUCAAUAAAGAGCAUUUACAAAAUGAAUAAAAAUAAAAUGUUGGUCUUCCUGAUUUCUGAUUCUUCUGGUCAUUUUUGCCAUUUUGGCAUAAUCCUUCACCUUAAUCUGCCAUUCUUCUGUGGUUGAGACUUUGUCCUAUUUUGGCUUCAUAGUUUUUGAACCCGGCAAUAUAUCAUGAGCUAUGAUGUUUGUGUGUGCUAUGCAAAGAUCACGAUGUGCGGGGAAAACCAUGAGGCCGGCCGAUGCCUCUACAUCAGGGGUCAGCAACCUUUUUCAGUAGGGGGCCGGUCCACCGUCCCUCAGAGCAUGUGCGGGGCCAGAUUUUAUUUUGGAAAAAAAUAAUGAACAAAUUCCUUUGCCCCAUAAAUAACCCAGAGAUGCAUUUUAAAUAAAAGGACCCAUUCUACUCAUGUAAAAACACGCGGGCCGGAUUGAGAAGGCGAUUGGGCCGCAUCCUGCCCACGGGCCUUAGUUUGCCUACUCCUGCUCUACAUUCUCCCACCAACAUUUCAGACAUCACGAUAGAUGGGUAUAUCACGGUGUUUAGUGGGUGAUAUUUAGUGGAUGAUGUUGGAAGCCAGAGAUCACCCAGCCCUAGUUGUGGGUUUCCCUUCAAGGGCAUCUGUUUGGCAACUGUGAGGGCAGGAUCCUGGGCUGCAGGUGGUUGGCUGGCCUAAUCCAGCCAGCUCUUCUUAUGCUCCUAUGGGAAGCAUAGACCUGGGUGGACCAGCGUUUCCCCUGCCCUAGAUGGACCCCUUCCGACAACUCCCCACCACCCAGGGAGCUUUCAGCCUGGAGGGCUGGCCUGCCCCUCACCUGCCUCCGGCCUCUCCCCCCCCCCAGGUGCCUUCUUCUCCGUUCUCCUGGCCUACCUGCUCUUCACCUCCUACUGGUCUAUCAGCGUCAUGUAUUUCGCCUGGUGGAUCUACGACUGGGAUAUGCCAGAGAGAGGUGAGUUCGAUUUCCCCCAACCCUACCUGGAGGUCAGGUGAAAGGCACCUCUGCUUGUCUGAGAAGGGUGCUGAGCCCCACACCCAGACCCACACAGCUGGAGCUGCUGUCUCGCCCUGCCCCUGGUUUAAAUUUCAAAUUCGUUUUAUUUUGUUGAUGGGUAAUGAAAGGUUUUGUAACUGUGUGCAUCUUGGAUAAAUAGAAAACUGGUAUAAAUUGAAUUAAAGAGACAAAUGAACUGCCAGCCCAGAUGCUCCUCUCUCACUGCCCAGCUGCCCAACCCAAAACUGUUAAGCUGCAGAGAAAGCCUUAAGGAUCAGAUUCCCUGGAGGCAAUGCCUUCAUUCCUUUGUGAGGCUUGGGGUGGGGGUCUUGCCCAGGGGGUCCUCUAGGGAAAAAUGGUUAGUGAAGUGUAGGUGGGUCCCCACGGGGCAAGACGCAGCAAUAACAGCAAGAACCUUUAUUGAACUACAUGACUGGGAAACAGGGGCAAAAGAACUGCUUAUAUACUGUAUCUUCCCAUCUAUAAGAAGACGCCCCCAUGUAUAAGACACCCCCUAUUUCGGGGGACUCAGAUUUAAGAAAAUGGGGGGAGAUGACCCCGUGUAUAAGACGCCCCCGAAUUUUUGACAUUAUUUUUUAGGGGGAAAACCUAGUCUUAUACACAGAAAAAUAUGAUACAUUCCUGAAAGUCUGGGCCACUCCCAUUCCCAAAGUGAUUGGCUGUCUAAACUUCCAAGCUGCGAAUCACGACUCAGAGUUCAAAGGCCAAUGGCAGAGGCCCAAAUCCUGAAAUGUUCUGUGAUUGGACAUCAUGUAUCAAAUCAGAACACAGGAGCUCAGAAUCCUCAGGCAAACACAGACCCCUGAAUACAUAACCAUUGGUAUUCGUUGAAACACAAAAAUGUCUCCGUGACUUACAUUCCAAGCGGUGUACAAACUCAUAAAAUCCAAGAACUUAAAAUUGCAUUGCUGUUCCUAAAAAUAAAACAAAAUACACACAUUCAGACAGCAACAAUGGCAAGGGUUUUGUAGGAAGGGAGGUCUUGUGGGGCGCGGGGGGGGGGGGGCGGUCCAGCCUCAGCCAGACCUCCUUCCCUCAAGGGCAGCACAGGACCACCAAAGGGCUGUCACGUGGAAGGUGGAGCUAGCAGGUAUCCUGCGGCAGGAUCUGAAGCCAUGACUUCACAUGGCAAGAAAGGAGAUUCCGACUCCACAUCAGGAAGUACUUUUUGAGGGUUAGGGCUGUUCCUCAGUGAAGCGGACUCCCUCGGAAAGUGGCAGGCUCUCCUGCUGUGGAGGUUUUUAAGCAGAGGUCGGGUGGUCAUCUGCCAGGGAUGCCUCAGCUGCGAUUCCUGCAUUGCAGGGGGUUGGGCUGGAUGGCCCCUGGGGGUCCCCUUCCAACCCCACAGUUCUCUGACUCCGUCCCCUGCCUGAACCCUUGUCUUCGCAGGUGGGCGCCGCUGUGACUGGAUGAGGCGCUGGAGAGUCUGGGAGCUCCACCGGGAUUAUUUCCCCAUCAAGGUAUGAGAAGGGGCUGGCAGGGCUCCUGAAGGAUGCUCAGGGUCUCUGGAACCCCCGGAGACCAGAUCACAGAGAAGCAGGAGGCGGCUGCCGUCAAAGGCUGCUGGCCAUGGAAUCUGCACACUGACAUUCAGCUGGGGGUCCAAAUGCCAAAGGCCUCGCCCCUCUUGCCUUGCAGCUGGUGAAGACGGCCGAGCUGCCCCCGACGCGGAACUACGUCCUGGGCUCCCACCCCCAUGGGAUCAUCUGCGCCGGGGCCUUUUCCGCCUUCUGCACCGAGGCCACGGGCUUCCCCCGCGCCUUCCCUGGCCUCCGUCCCAGCCUGGCCGCCCUCGCAGGGCUGUUUCGCAUACCCGUCUACCGGGACUACCUGAUGAGCUUAGGUGAGGCCAACGGGGCGAGGAAUGGAGCAGGGAUUAGGGGCAGGGAGUCCACAGGGGGUCGAGACAUCGGUCGGGGUGGGGGUGGGGAAGUGGGGUGACCCCUCCCCUAAGGACCAUCUUCAAGAACCCUGCCUGGCCCAUCCAAUGGGAGGAACCACCCCAGUCUCAGGAAUGCCCUCCCAGUGCCCCUGGGAAUAGAAUUCCCCAGCAAGAAUGUCUGUUUUUCCUGCCAUUCUUUGCUCCUGUGCAAAAGAAAAGGGUGUUUGUUUGCGCAAAUAAUACACAGAACUGACCUGCGCCUCCAUGGACAGCUGUGAGUCCAAAAUGACUCCCAGGCUGCGCACCUGGUCCUUCAGGGGCACAGUUGCCCCAUUCAGGACCAGGGAGUCCCCCACACCUGCCCGUCCCCUGUUUCCCCAAAACAGUACAGUACUUCUGUCUGGUCAGGAUUCAUCCUCAAUCUGUUAGCUGCCAUCCACCCUUCAACCGCUUCCAGACGCACUGAUCCUUUGUCAGCGACACUUUUGCGCUUUAAUAGACUCGCAGAAUUUCAGAGUUGGAGGAGAAUCGCCAAGGUCCUCUAGUCCAACCCCCUGAAAAGCAAGGAACCUUUGCUUUCUCCCACUUACAGGGGGUGUCCCGGUCAACAAAAGGUCCCUGGACUUCCUCCUGAGUGGCCCCCCCGGGCACGCGGUGGCCAUCGUGGUGGGGGGCGCGUCCGAGUCGCUGGACAGCGCCCCCGGAGAGCAGCUCGUCCGCCUUCAGGGGAGGAAGGGCUUCGUGCGCUUGGCGCUGCAACACGGGUAGGGGCACCGAGGGGGCAAGGGGGGGUCCGGGGGGGGCGUGUUGGGUGCAGGUCGGGCCUAGUGAGCAUGGCAGUGCUUCCCGGUGGAUUUUGCCCCAAUGAAGCAAGUGCGAGAACAGAAGGUCCCUGCCCUUCCUUGCCGUAUAAUUUUUCAUUACAUCUUUCUUACGUUUUCACAGUAACCUUCCUAACAAAUAAUUCCACUGUUCCAUAAGUUGGCUUCCCACUUACACCGUGUUUUUACUCAAACCUUUUCUACUGUGCUGUAUCUUUAUUUAUUACAAAAAAAAUAGUACAAUUAUUUUGUCAUUUUUCUUCUGCUGCUUUUAUCUCGAAUCCUGUCCGCGAUUUCAUUUGACUGUAAUGUUUUUUAAGUAAUCCACAAAUGGCCUCCACCCUUCUGUAAAAAGUUCAUCAUUCUGAUCUCUUAAUUUUGCUGUGAGCUUUGCUGUUUCUGCCUAGUCCAUUUCCUUCAAAGGCCACUCCUCCUUCGCUUUCCCCCCAAUUAAUUAAUUAAUAGCCUAUAAGAAAAGCUCCUGGUCUUUUGGGAAUAGACCACUUAAACAUUUUCUCCAUUUCAUUAUAUAUCUUUCCCCAAAAGCCUUUCGCUUCCCUAGGUCUCCACCACAUACGGAAGAGAGACCCAUCUAUCUAUUUCUAGCAUAUACCGGUACUUGACACAUUUUUAUAAAUCUUGGCCAGUUUAUUUGGCAUUACGGUAAAUACCACCUGUACAGCAUUUUAAGAUAGUUUUCUCUUGGCGUGAAUUCCAUGCGCCAAGCUCCCUGCCUUCCCCCAGGCUAGCCUCCCUCGCGAGGUUCUGGGUUGGAUUAAAGGCUCUCCCUGACGCGGCAUUCCUUCUUCCUCCUCUUCCUCCUCGCAGCGCUGACUUGGUGCCCGUUUACACCUUCGGGGAGAACGACAUUUACCGACAGAUCCGGUUCCCUGAGGGCAGCUUCGCUCGCCGCUUCCAGCUCGGUUUCAAGCAGCUGAUCGGCUUCGCCCCUUGUCUCUUCAGCGGGAGGGGCCUCUUCUCCAGCAGCUCCUGGGGGAUCCAGCCCACGGCUGCCCCCCUCACGGUGGUGGGUAAGGACCCAGCAGGCUCCCCGUCCCUUCCUUAGCCUCCGCCUCCUGCCCCACAAACACCCCCGACUCACCAACUUGCUUGCAAAGAGCCACAAACUCUUCAGCAUCGUAUAAAACAGCAGGUUCUGGUGCAUCUCCCUUUCGCCCCCUCCUAGAACUGAAUCGGAGACCUGUGGAGUUGAAUGGGACCCCCAAGGGUCAUCUAGUCCAACCCCUCUGCAAUGCAGAAAUAAAACGAGCCGCCUCGUUUUAUGGGGCUUGCUAUAGAGGGAGCUGCGAUUGCGUGUGUGCGUGCACACACACCCCGACUUCUCCCCUUCCUUGGAGGUUUCUAAGCAGAGGUUGGGUGGCCACAAAUCAAGGGGUUGGGCUAAAUGACCUUUGGGGUCCCCUCCAUUCCUGCACUUAAGCCACCCCUGAAACCCAAGCCAGGGUGGAAAGCUGCUGGGGUGGGGAGGCCCUGGCUGCCAUGGGUGGGGGCGAGGGGCAGAGCAGACCCCCCAACCGCCCAUGCUUCUUCUCCUUCCUGCAGUGGGGAAGCCUAUCCCGGUCCCGCUCCGCCCGCGCCCCACCGAGGACGAGGUGAACAGCUUCCACGCUCUCUACGUCGAGGCCCUGAAGGAGCUCUUUGACGCCCAUAAAGAAUCCUGCGGCCUCCCGGCCUCCCAGCAGCUCCUCAUCACCUAGACUGAGGGACCCAGAGUUGACCCAAAGCAGCAUCAGGGGACGCAAGGUUGUGAUGGGGGGAGACACACGGGAGACUUUGUUCCUCCCAUCCCCGUCUGUAUACACCGUUUCCAAUAAAAGG